UGAAACUACAUAUUUUGUAAGUUUUAAAUUGUAAUUGCCAUGCAGGCUUGCUGACGACACUCGAGUUUCCGGAACACCCUAUGCCUUUAUUCUGGAGAUAACAACCUCCUCUCGACUCAGCUCGCUCUCUGGGAUAAGGAAGCUGUUGUAAAAACGUAUUACCAAAUAUAUUUGAUAAUUUUAUCGAUUUAAAUUGGCUUACGUGUAAGCAGCAUACAUGAUACAACAUGAGCUUUUACAGUUGACUUUUAUAAAUAGCAGAUACUUCGACGCUUGGUAAAAUACAAUGACGACAAUCCAUUGCGACGACACGCGACAAUCCUACCAUUGCGCAUGCGCGCCGCGCUGAUUGUUGUCAGUGGUGGUUAUGGAGAUGAGAUGGGACUACGAGCUGUCAACAUUGCGGUGAUGUUAGUGAGGGAUGCCUAAGAAGAUAGGAUUCACUGUGGUCAACUCUUCAAGUCAUGAGGACAACUUCAGUGCAAAGGAGCUGAUGGUCCAUGCACCCACGGUUAAUGGCUGGAGAUCCAGCAGGCUGUGCUCAUACCCCCAGCACAUCACCCUCCAGCUGGGGGAGAGAAGUAGGGUGAAGAAGCUGCAGCUGCUGGCUCACCAGUACUUGAUCCCAGCCAAGGUAGAGUUCCACAUUGGAGAGACUCUCCCUGAAAUCAGCACCCAAGGGUUCCCUGGGCCGCUUCGCAGACUAGGGUACGUUUCUCUGUCAGACAAUGAGAAGACAGGCUUCAAAGCGCGGGAGCUAAAGUCCGUCCAUGUAGAUGCCAUCGGUACAUUCCUGAGGAUAACCUUCCACAGAAACUAUGAAAACCGUUUCAAUCUCUACAAUCAGGUUGCUUUGGUUGCCAUUAAUGUUCUGGGAGAGUCUUUGGAUGGCAAUGCUUUUAACACGAUUCCAAGCAGAGAGCAGCUGAUCGAACACUACCUCAACAGUACACAGCUGGAAGCCGCCUUGGACACGACAUUCAUGGGGAAAUGUGAGUCCAUCUCCAUGUUGGACGACCUGGCCUUUGACAUGUACCAGGACCCCGAGGUUGCCCACAUCAUCCGUCUCCUGGACAAAAAGAAGCAGGACAUGGUCCGGCAAGAGAAAUUUGAGCAGGCCAAGAAUCUGAAGCAGGCAAUCGCAGACCUGCAAAAGGUAGGGGAGCGUUUGGCUCGGUAUGAUGUUGAGAAAAGAUGUGCUAUUGAAAAGGAAGACUACGACCUGGCCAAGAAGAAGAAGGAGCUGAUGGCCGACUACAGGAAGAGUGUCUACCAGCAGCUGGAAGUCCACAACCUGCUGGAUAUGGCACUGAUCACCAGGGCUGCAGAUUCAUCCCCAGCCAAGGAUCCUCCUUCUCUCCUGCCUUCUACGGCUCACCAUCCAGUCCCCACCAAGCCCCUUGUGUCCACAGACACAUUAAAGAAGAGGAAAAAAACGAAUGCUCCUCAGAAACAACAGUCAAACUCAGAGACACCAUGCACACCUGCUGCUUUACCCAAGAUAGAUGUGACCAGUGUACCUUAUGAUGAGAGGCCUCUGCCCACCCUUCAGAGGAUAGACAGGCCCGUGGAGGUCAUCCAGAGUCCUGCAGAGCAGAACUCCCCCCAGCAUGAAGCCCAAACGACUCCACAAAGCUCUGAGAUGAGUGGGGAGCCUGAGCCACUGACAGAGAAGGCGCAGAGAGAGGCUGGCCUUCCAAUCGAGGUCUUUGGGGAAAGCCUGGUUGCUGGGGCAUAUUCCAAAACCUGGUCUUACAGAGAGGAUGCCCUCAUGGCUGUCCACAAGAAGCUUUUGGAGCUAUCACCCACCACUCUAAGGGAGGAACUCAGGAACAUGAUAAGAGCUGCGACCUUCCUAGUUAAGAAGGCCCUCCUGGAUAAAGUGUCAUCUGUUUUUCAUGCCUCCCUGAAGCUGCUGCAGGUACUCCUGAACCAGCUCAUCCCAGCUCUGGGGUUGGGUCGGGCUGAGCUGAACCACUGCUUGGAGCAGACUUUGCCCAGCCUGCUGGUCAGGACAGGAGAGUCAGCCAGCCGCCUAAGAUCCACGGCCAAUGUCUUCAUACUGGAAAUAGCUGUUUUGAAGGAUGUACGCGUCCUGCAUGUAAUCCCUGGUGAGCUGGUGAAGCCCUUCAAAUCCAACUUCCCUUCUCGUCUGGCUCAAAGUCGGGCUGAGCUCGUUCAGAAGCUACUUGCUGAACUUGGUACAGAGAAUUCUGGCUUCACCUUGGACAAUGUCAUGAAAUUCUGUGCAGCAGCUUUGGAGCACAGUGCAUCAGGGGUUAGAGAGCUGGCAGCACAAAUCAUCUUAUCCAUGUACCAGCAGCACAGAGCUGCUGUUCUCAGCUACCUUCCUCCCAGCGAUGCUGCCGCACGGAGGAACUUCCUCUACAAAACCCUCUUUGAUGGCUUUGCCAAGAUUGACGGAAAGCUGGUGGAGACUCAGACUUUGAAGAAGGGAGGUGGUGAGCAGGAUGGGCAAAAAGAGAAGGCGGAGAUCCACUCUCUUCAGGAGCAGCUGGCUGCCUUGAAAGAGAUCACGGAGGGAGGCAAUGGAAGCACAAAAGAACAACUGCUUAAGAAAGAAGCUGAGAAAGCUGAGAAAGGGACCCAAAAAGCUGGCAAAACAACUGCUACAAAAAUUCCCCAAAGCGCAGUGACACAAAGCUCUGAUGUCCAACAAUCCAUCAACUACUUGGACAACCUGUGUAUAUUCUGCGGUAAAAAGGACGAGUCAUUCACAGAGGAUGGGUUGGACCUUCACUACUGGAAGCAUUGUCCGAUGCUGAGACGCUGUGAUGAAUGUAGACAGGUUGUUGAGAUUGCCAGCCUAACCGAGCACCUACUGGGCGAAUGUGAGAACCGAUCCAAGUUCAGCCAGUGCCCACGCUGCUCAGAGGCCCUCGCUACUGAAGAUCUGGCUCGCCAUGUCCAAGGGCCUGCCUGUAAUCCCCCCGUUUCAGGUAAAGGAUCCAACCACUGUCCUCUGUGUCACAACAACUUCCUGCCUGGAGAGGAGGCCUGGAAGACUCACCUCAUGGGCAGGGAGGGCUGUAAACAAAACUCACGCAGGACUGCGGUGUCCCAGAGAACUCAGCCAGCACAAGGCCGAGCUGUUGGUGGAGCUAAGAUGAAACAGUCGUGGUCAGUCGGGGCCAGACCUAGACCUAGGCCCAUGGGCAGAGGAAGCCGGAUACCAGCUCUGGCGUCCUUGAGCAGAGGGCAAACUCCAGGAAAGAGUUGAAGUUUUUUUGAAGCCAGCAGCAGCCCCCCCCCUCCUAGAGGAGAAACCCAACAGACAACAAACAUCCUUGAAGUAAUCUCCUUCACUCUUAUGUUCCCUGCAAAUCAGCACUUUGAACAUGACGUGAUGGACGCAUUCACUGACAUAUACAGACGAUUGUUAAGCCUGAUAGCAUAUUUUUUUUUACUGAGGGUAGCAAAAUGUUUAUAAAUCUAACAAAAAGAGAAAACUCCUUUUUCAUUUCAGCCUUUGUAAACUGGAACAACAACCUGUCGAUUAAAAUCCACUUGUUCAGACUCUAUAGAUGAUGGUUGUGAUCAGUGAUGUAAUCCAUCCUGAAAAGAGACAGCUGGACUCACCAAAUGUUAGAUCUCUUGCUUCUUUUGUCUGUGAGUCAGGCCUCCGGUGUCACAAACCUGCUAGGCUAGUUAACAUGAGCACACUGGGUUUACUUAUAUCUCCUUUCUCAGUUUUGAGGCACUUUUUUUCUUCUCCAAAUUGCUGUUUGUUGUCACCUCUGUGGUAAGGAAAAGUAAAUUCUACCUUCCAGGGUUUCAGAUGAAAAUGUGUCGUGUCCAAGCCAAAGUGGAUGUAACUCUAAUGACAUCACACUGACAUCAUCAGGGUUCUUUUCUCGCCCUGACUAAGAUACUUAAGAGCCACAGAAGACAUUAUUAUACAAGUGCUUUCACAGGCUAGCAUACUUACCUUUAUUGGUAUUCUUUCAAAUAGUUCCCUUUAAAACUGCACAACCAUACAAUGCUGCUGUCAAUUUGUUAAUUUAAAAAAAGAGGAAUGUUUAUAUACAAAUCUUUUUGUAAAGCAACAACCAAAACAAAAAAAAAUGUGUGAUGACUUAAUGAUUGUGUCUGCACAGGAUGAAACAGAUAAGAAUCAGAUCAAUAGCAGAAGAAUAUCGACUGAAACAUAAAAACACUCCACUAGAACAGUGGUUUUCAACUGGUGGGUGGGGACCCCAAAAAAUGUUUGUUUUGUUCAGUUUGCAGCUUCCUUCAGAUAUUGUGCAUCCUCUGAGGUACACAAAUAUGUGACAGAAGCUGCAAACUGCACAAUAUUGCAUUCAAUAAAUGUAAUUGGUUGAAAAUGAUCCAAAAAUUGUUUUUUCAGGGAGGAGUCAGUGGUGGGUCCUGAGGCUAGAAGAGUUGAGACCCACUGCACUAGAGCACUUCACUCCACUAGUAGCGGCACUAAGAGAACCGAAGUUUAAUUACAAGCAGGAGACUUUCCUCCCUUUGCAACACUCCAGCAGACGAUACUUCAAUCCUAAAGCCGUCUUAAACAUGAAUGUAUCUUGUCAGCAUUACAAUUUUGCCGUCUGUUUACAUGUUUAUAUCCUGUAUUGAAUAGAUUGUAUUAAAGAAAAGAAGUAGGACUUUUGCCAAACGGACGACGCUUCAUUGCUGAAUAUUCUGUUUAAUUAAUUUAUUUUCCUGCUUAAUGCCUACUGACAAUCUGAACUCAAUAUGUUCAAGUGAGAGCGCCAAAAGAGAGACUUUAACUUAAUAUAACUACUACAGAAAAUAAAAUAGACAGGAAGUGCUGUAGUCAUGCAGUAGAACUAGUGUAGCACUUUAUUCUUCAAGUCGGCUUUAUUUCAGCAGAGUCUGAUUCACACCGAGUCCAAAAAAAAACUCUUCAAGACACCUUUGCGGUGUUACAUUGGUUUUGACCACAAACUCAUGUUUUUAGGAACUCUGAUGAUAAUUCAAAUGGUUUAUAGUUCAAGCCAUCAUUUUUACUACUGCGAUUGUACUACAGUAUUAUGACGAUUGUUGAUUGUAAUAUAUCUUAUGUUCACGUAAUGCCAAGAAGAACGGAAACAUCCCUAAAACAGUCUGAGGUGGAUUUGGUAUACUACUUUUUAUAAAUUGUAAUAUCAGCAAGGUCAAUUUGAUUGCUGCUUGUGUCAACACUAACUGUUAAUUUUAGUGGAGGAACAAAUGAAGACGUGUUGUUUAUAGUUGAUGUAAUAAUACACAAAUGAUGAGGACGUGGCUUUAACAUGUUUCUGUACUGAGAUCCAUUGCAGUGUAUAUUUGAGUAGUCAGUAUUUUCUGAGUGAUAACUUUGGCAUAAAAUGAAUAAUUGUCUGUAAAAGCAUCUUUAUUUGUUUAAAUAAAGGCACAUUAAGCUGAA